GGUGUUGAUCUGACGUGAACGUACAAGGAUGUAGCUCCAGGUAGCCUUCACUACACCGUGUUGUUUGUGUCUCAUCUGCACCCUUAUGGACGUCUGUCCAUCUCGUCCUCUGGAGACUCCCGGCCGGGGACACGCGUGGACACCGAUGAGAGAGGAGGACAGUCCCUGCGCAACAUCGCCGAGGGUCAAAUGCUCGCGUUUAUUCUGAAUCUCAUCCUUUCGGUCCCGUCCAGUCAUCACCAUUGAACCUUCAAAAUGAGGAUCUUCACGUGUCUCCUGAAAAACGCAAACCCCAAGAUCGAGUAUUACUCCAGAUUCUCCCCGUCCCCGCUGUCCAUUAAGCAGUUUUUGGAUUUUGGCAGGGACAAUGCUUGUGAAAAGACGUCCUACAUGUUCCUGCGUAAGGAGCUGCCGGUGCGGCUCGCCAACACCAUGCGAGAGGUCAACCUGCUCCCCGACAAACUGCUGAGUCAGCCUUCCGUCAGACUGGUGCAGAAAUGGUAUAUGCAGAGCUUCGUGGAGCUGCUGGAUUACGAGAACAGAAAGCCAGAGGACUGCGAAGCUUUGAAUGACUUCCUGGAGCUCCUGAUAGAGAUCCGUAACCGCCACAACGACGUGGUCCCCACCAUGGCUCAGGGAGUCAUCGAGUACAAGGAGAAGUUCGGCUUCGACCCGUUCAUCAGCAGCAACGUCCAGUACUUCCUCGACCGCUUCUACACCAACCGCAUCUCUUUCCGCAUGCUCAUCAACCAGCACACUCUCCUGUUCGGCGACGACACCAACCCGGCCCACCCGAAACACUUCGGCAGCAUCGAUCCGGCCUGCAGCGUCGCCGACGUGGUCAGCGAUGCCUACGACACCGCCAAGAUGCUGUGUGAGAAGUUCUACUUGGAUGCUCCCGAGCUGAAGAUCGAGGAGUUCAACAUGAAGGCCCCUAACAAGCCCAUCCAGGCGGUGUACGUGCCGUCGCAUCUGUUCCACAUGCUGUUUGAACUCUUCAAGAAUUCGAUGAGAGCCACAGUGGAGCUCCACGAGAACAGUGAACAGGGUUUACCGCCAAUAAAGGCAAUGGUCACUCUGGGCAAAGAGGACCUUUCCAUAAAGAUCAGCGACCGAGGAGGCGGAGUUCCCCUGAGGAAGAUCGACCGGCUGUUCAACUACACGUACUCCACGGCGCCGACGCCGAGCCUGGAGCCGGGAUCCGUCCCAUUGGCUGGUUUUGGCUACGGUUUGCCAAUUUCGAGGCUCUAUGCCCGAUACUUCCAAGGGGACCUGAAGCUUUACUCCAUGGAGGGCGUUGGCACUGAUGCUGUCAUUUAUCUGAAGGCCCUUUCGAGUGAGUCCUUUGAGCGUCUGCCGGUGUUCAACAAGUCGGCGUGGCGGCAUUAUACGACCACCCCGGAGGCGGACGACUGGAGCAACCCCAGCACGGAACCCCGCGACACCAGCAAGUCCAAUUUCAAAGCCAAUAGAUAAACUCUCCCGGACUUCGCUCCCCUUGCCCCCCCCCCCACCCUGCUGGCGCCCCGAAUUCUCGCACUCUGUCCGACGCUAGUGAGGUCAAAGGUUGCCAUCGGGUAAACGUUUUUUUGUUGUUGUGUUUUUUACGUUCCGUUUGUUUUGUAAAAUGCGUUUGGAACAGAUCUGUGUCAAUGUAUCCAAUGACGUUUAUCUGCUUUCAUUUUGGUAACGCGUCCCACUGACUCGCUGGAGAUGAAGUUCCAAACGUUAGAUCCACCCCCCCCCGCCCGCCACCUUGUGAAUCCUAUUUCUAAUGUCCGCCCCCUCACCCCUGUGUCUCGUGCGCAGUUGGCCCGGGGCUCCCUGUGGCUGAGAGAGCAGCACGCUGCUGGUGGAGUGUCUUUCUCACCGUAUUCCGGCUCACAAAAGUUGGGAGUUUCACAGAGAAUUGGAAGAGGAGGAGGAGGAGGAGGAGGGUUCGUUUCCAUUCUUAAACGCACAAUUCGGCCGGUGUGACGUUGGCGUAGUAAAGAGGUAUUUUGUAUCUAAGAGAAAUUAGAGAACAAAUGAGAACUCUGUAAUAUAUAGAAAGCUGUGCAUCAUUUUAAAAAUCUCGAUACUGGAAAUGUUAUUUAAAUAGUUUAUUUAUAUUAGGAACCCUUUUUUUUUCAAAAAUAUUUUUUUAAAUAUAUAAUAUGCCAACUUGUUCACAGAAGAAAACCAAAAGCUCACAUAUACAAGGUGACCGUCAAAACGAACGUUCACCAGACAACUACUGAAGGCCCAUCUGGAGGACGCUUGUAAAAUGCUUACCAUGUUUCAAUCACACCAGCAUGAUGCAUUGUGGGAACCCUCACACAGAAGAAUGGACCAUGUCGCGUCUGACAAGGAUUAUUAGAGUGUGAACUCAUCAUUGCGUCUCUCUUCUACACCUGCAAUCCUUUUUCCAGGGUGGAUACGCAACCUGCUCAAAGCUUUUUACCCCAAACUCGCUCAGUCCAUUCAGCUUGGUAUCUAGUUUGUGGCUUUACUGAUCUAUACAGUCUCCUGAGUGAGUUUGAUCAAAGUGUGUGUAUUUCAAACAGUUCUUUUUUUUUGUAUUCAUUGCUAUGAGUGGAAGUAAAAUAUGUAGCUAACAUCUAGAGGGAUUUGACACUGAACAGUUAAAGAACAACUUUUGUUUUCUUUAUAUCUCUAAAAUUGUAGCAGCAUGACUUCAGAUGAUCUUUUAACAAUUUCGCUGUAAUUAUCGCUUAAAGUCUGUGAAAAGUUCACUGUUUAUCCUCAAUAUAAACAAAGGGAAAUGAACCGUUGUUGAGAAUAGCCAGCAGGGGAUAUUCCAUGUGGCUAAAAGUGCCAUUUAUCUCUUUGUACGAAUGCAGUGCGUCAAACCAUCCACCAUUUAAUUUAACAUGAAUCACAUUCAGGAACAUUUUAGUGCACUUAAUACUACUAAAGCUUCACAUAUUUAUUUCUGUCAAUUGCCUUUCCUUUCAAGCAUUUUUAAUAAAUAGAGUAAUGACAAAGGCAGAGAUCCCAGGUCUUGCACUAGCUACUGAAAAAUACUUUGCCUCAAAGAAACAUGGCCCAAGCCCAUUUGUCAAGAUUUUGAAUAAUAAUCGUCUCCUUUUAGCUCCGUCUGAAAAGAAGUGUAGGUGAAGAAGAAGAAGAUCAAAAUAAAAAAAAUGCCCCCGGCCUGUAGCGUCCCCCCUUUCAGCCUCACUGAGAGGGUUCAUCACUGCCGAAGCCUUCGUGACCUGCCGGUCUCCCUGAGUGACGCUCAGCGGAAAAAAAAAACACAAAAAAACUAGAGACGCACAACUUCUCUCAUUAAGCGUUCACCACCUCGAAUCACAACUUCCAUCAAAGUUCAAGUUUCUAUUCCAGUUCUGUGAUUUCAAGUCGUCAAAAGGUUGCUGUUAGAGACGAUCUGUGGUCCUCUGCUGUGUGAGAAAGUAUUGCUUAUACAACUGUCAAUGUGUUUAUUGUACAUGAAGCUGUGUUUUUCUAUCCUACUGUACCACCAGCUUGAACACAUGUAUGAUCACAGAUGCAGUUAAUACUAAUAUAUAUAUAUGCAUACAUAUGUGUGUGUGUGUGUGUGUGAAAUCCCAAAAGAGAGCAGUCGUAUAAUGUGAUUCAGCAUGAGAUCAACAACAAUAAAGAAAAACGGCAGUUGUGUGCGAAAUGCA